GGACGACUGUAGAGAAAUUCUGUUUGAUACAGGAUGUCAAAGAAACUGGUCUAUAAUUUCCAGGGAUAGACUUAUCUCCUUUUUUAAAUAUACAAGUAACGUUUGCCUUUUUCCAAUCGCUUGGUACGUCUCCCGUAGACAUCGACUUCACAAACAAGUCAUACAAUGACAAACACCACCAUGUCUGCUACCUUGGCAAGACUGCAGUACCUGGAUUUCCCUGAGUGCUCUCAGGAGGCCCUAAUUUUCCUGGUUAAACAUUUUUCUUCUGAGGCCCGUCAUGGGGUUCCAGGCAGGACCUCCCCAGGGGAGAAACUGGCAAUCGAUGUGGCUCAAGAGUUCAUAGUUGAGCUUUAUAAACGAAAGUACCACAGAAAAAUGAAGCUGAAUGCAGUGCAUGAGCUACAGCUACUGGAGAUGGUGUGUCGGACCUUACAGGAGUGUCCAGAGCAAGCCUGCUACAAGGCUUUUACGGCCAUAUUCGGGGGACACAUCGAAGCAGCUAAGAUCACCCUGAUGACUAAGCUUGUCUCGAUGGCAAUAUCAGUGUCUUGUGGGCCGGUUCUCCGCUGUGUGGCGUUGUGGAUGCAGGAGCAAGGUAGCCAGAGCCAGUGUGUUUGUGACGUUGCACAGCAGGUUGUAGAGGAUUAUGGGCAACUAUACCCCGGGCUUGGUCCUGCUUUCCGGGCUCUCCCUAGUGUCUCCUCCCUCUUCACAUGUAACUUUGUCACUGCUAUCACAACCAUAUACACAUACACAGAUGUAAGCAAGACCCCACCCAAGGAGCUCUUGGAAUGCAUCGUAGACUGGAUCUCAUCAGAUCCCUGUUUGUGCUCAGACUCUGUUAGACUUGUUCGGAUUCAGGCCAACUUUACCUGUCCUUUAGGUGGACUCAUCCGCUGGUGCAUUCUGGGACCUAUAGUCACAUCAAUGGCAGGAGAGUCCAAUAGUUCAGUCCAGGGGGGAACAAGUGCUGCCAAAGAUUUAAAACAAACAAACACACAAGAUUCAAAACUAAUGAGUCUCUUCUCAAAAUUACACCUUGGAGUAUUGUUAUGUUUGCAAGCAUAUCAGAGCAUGGAGUUAAAUGAACAAUUGUUUUCUUAUGGAGAUAUAUUCAUCGUGUCCAAGACAUUGUCCUCAUAUUACCGAGGCGGACAAUGCAGGGAAGAACUGAUUGAUGCAAUCAACACAGCUGUCGAUCGACUUGCGCAAAUUAUUCAAAUGGCCCUCGCUACUAAAUCCCUUUCAGACAAGUUUGAUUUCCUUCAAGUCAGGGAAGGUCUACCUCCGAACCGAUUGCUUGACAUGAUGUUGUCCAUGAAAUAUGCAACUCAACGAACAGAAGCCAUGGAUCUCUCGUGAUACAUGAUGUUACACAAAUUGUUAAUGAUUGGUGCAUUUAAACUGUAAAGGACUUCAUUCAUAGAAUAAAUGGCAGCAGAAGA